CGAAACGAUCCACGACAGUAACUGCAACGAAUUAAUCUGCUUUGACGUUUUUAUACAAUAGUCAUAAAAUCCAACUAUAUUGGAGAAACUGCUUGUUUCGUAGCGGCGGCCCUGACUGGAUGAGCGGAUGCCCUAAGUAAAGAAAUGAUCCGGCCCACACCAGACCACCACGGAAAAUGGCGACUGUGAAAUAGAUGGAAGACGAAAGUAAGAAAUCAUUAAAUGCAGCUUUUCGGUCGUCUUCAGCUUCCAUCCAAGCCGCUCAGAGGUCAUGGCCAUGGAAGUAUCAUGUCUGACAGGUGUUGAUGAAGAUGAAAAAGAUGCAGAGUCAGAAAUCCAUUCCUUCAUGCUGCUACAACCUGUGAAAAUGGCACAGGAAUCUUGCACAGAUUCUUUUGACGUUUUGUCCAGCCCAGAUAUGUUGUCUCCAAUUGGUUUGGCUAAUGGACCUUCUUUGCAUCAGGCUACUCAAGCUCAUGAACCUAACUGCAUUACCUCUGAGAAAGAAGAGGAAAAAAGCAUCACCCAACUAAAGACUGUGCAGGAAAUAGACAGCCCUGGAAUAUGGGGGUUUGACACAGAAUCAACAGAAAACUCGUUGGACAAUUUCAAUAGUGCUGGUGACCUUAACUGGGACCCUCACAAAGAGUUUAUGCAGUUUCUUUUGGAGAAUCACAACGAAUCCCCGACAGAGGAACCUAAAGAGGACACUUGUUCUGCCAACAGUCAAAGGAGAAGGAAAAGGAAAAUGGAUAUGGUGGUAAUGGUAGAUCCUUCGGAAGACCUCUACCCAGAUCUAAGCCCUAAGUCCUCUGACAAAUCGUCAGAUGCUGAAGGCUUGGUAGACUCCAGUCCUGUUAGAGAAGUCAGUAAACCACAGAAGCUCUCCAAGCCACAGUCAUCUGCCACCGAAGUAGUUCCCAAAUACCCUAAUGGAACCGUAAAGGCCAUUAAAGAAGUUCUGUAUGAAACACCUGCAAGAAGUUCGUGCGAGAUUAACGUAAAUGAUAAACUUCCAACACUACAAAGGCGGCUGAAGAUCAUUUCGCAUUCACAGCGCAGGCCAUCAUCUUACUCCUGCCCAAAAUGUAAACUCGUGUUCAAGAAGGAACACCGCUUGCUUCGUCAUAUGAAGUCUCACAAAGAUCCCCCUAAAGUCUCAACGGAGCCUUUUAUAUGCAGAGAAUGUGGCAAAAGUUUCAAACAAAGUAAUGCGCUUAUUAACCACAUGUCCAUCCAUCGGGAAAAAACAAGAGUCGCAGACGAAGUGAAAGAUAGGACUGAGAAGAAAAAGAAAGAAGAUAAAAAUGCAGAUAAAAAGUUUUUCUGCCCUCAGUGCCCAUUCGGUACAAGCUGCCCAAACUCAUUUGUUGCACAUGCAAAAACUCACGAAAAAGACAAACGAAAGUACAGAUGCGACAAAUGCAGUUACAGGACUGUGAAUGACCAGGAUCUUAGGCGGCAUAAUGUUAUGCAUCACACGGUUAUUAGAGUUCGAAAAAGAAUGCAGAAAGAUGACAACGAGGUUUUCCCAUGUAACAUUUGCUCCUAUAAGGCUUUCGGCAAGUAUGUAUUUGAGAAACACUUACUCAUACGUCAUGACAUGUCUUUUGAGGAAUACAUGGCAGCACACAAAGAUGAGAUAACCGCACAAAAGUCCAAGGAGCGCAAGUCCCCAGUGCGCAAAACUCAAUUUGAAGAGUUUAGGUCAAAAAUGUCAGUGCAAAAUCAAAUCUCCAAAAAAACGGAUUUAACAGAAGAUUCUGGUGGGAUUUCUGACUUGCUCCAAAAUAGCAAGUUUAAGAGAGAUCCCAAAUCUCAGUUGAUGGAAUCAAAGCUUGACAAAUCUAUCAAUGUUCUCCUGUCUCGUCAAAACCAUAGAAAGAAGGGUGGUGAACACAAGGAGGAAAGCAAUAACAUGAGCACAAAUGAUCAUGAUUCCAAAAAGGAAAAAGAUGGUUGUGAUGAGUCACAAGAAUUGUCGGCCCAGGCCGAAGACUCCUCUGGAACCAGCAAUGGCCCCAAGUUGCGCUUGGAUCACCCAUCGGUCAAAAAGUCUCAGUCUAAACGGAAAAUGUCCACUCCAUAUCGCAACACCUCUGACCAGGACUCUUGUUUCAUUUUACCAAAACCGUUACCUAGCCCGAAAAAAGUGAACUCGGAGGAUGUGUCAGACCGCGAUGAAAAUGACAUUUUCCCCGUUAAAGACUCCGAAGCCAAUGGUAAUCAUUUUAACGAUUUGAUGACAAAAGAAAAGAAACACAUAAUAUACACAUACAGUAGAAGAAUGUCAAUGAGGGGAGCUCUUCAGGCAUCAAAAAAGCUGUUUGAGAAAAUCAAGACCGAAGAAGAGCAGAGUGAGGUUGAAAUCAAAGAGGAAUGCAUUGAAACUGAGGUGUAUCAAGAAACAUUUGAGUCCCACCAAAUCCCUCUGGGAGAAUCGCCAACAGACGAUUUGUCAGAGCUGGAAAUGGACAGCAAGAAGUGUCCGUACUGUCCGGCCAUUUUUGAGUCUGGAGUUGGACUGUCCAAUCACGUGCGUGGGCAUCUUCACAGGGUUAGACUGAGCUAUGAUUCACAGCACGCCGUGCCUUCACAGGAGGGGGCUUAUCGAGAUCAGAGACCACGUAUGCGACGGAAGAAUGCUGCAUUACGCCGACUGAAAAAAGCACUACAGGAAGAUUCCGACUCUGAAACUGUGAGGACCGUUCACUCCUGUCCUUUAUGUGGGGAUUCAUUUGACAACAGAACUGGACAAUCCAACCACAUACGGGGUCACCUGAAAAAGCUUGGGAGAAACUUUUCCACAAAGACUAAAUCCCCGAUCAUUUUACUCCGUGAGCUGAUGCGCGACAAGAAGGAGUGCCAGCGGGCCUUGCAGAUCCUAGGAAAAAGAAGGAAUAAUUUCCGAUACGGUGCUUUGCCAAAGUUCCCCGUCAUCAGUCGUUUCACUUCGUCUCAGAUGGGAUUCCCAAAAAGUCAAUCUGUUUCAAACCUUUGCACUGAUGCCAAACCACUGAUUUCCUCCUUUUCUUUAGAAGAAAGCAAAUCUGAAAACGGGCAGCCGGAAAAGUUGGAAGUUAAAAAUUCCGUUUCUGGUACAACUGCCCUGAUAGGGAUCCUGAAAAAGAGGAAGUGUCAGGAAGAUGCAAAACAAAAGGGAUCCUCUCAGGUGUCAAGAAAUGGUUUACCAGUUUCUUCCAAUACUGAAGAAGGUUCAGGAUCAAAAGACGAAUCUUCACUGCCAAACCCGCUACCUGGUGAAAAGGGUGAAUUCAACAGGAAAGUUUGCAUCCACUGUAACGCAACUUUCCACAGCGGAGUUAGCCUGUCCAACCACCUUCGGGCUUUCGCUAAGAGACAACAGAUUGCCUUACUCGAAGGGACCACCAUUCAAUGCAAAGCAGUGAGGACGCGUUCGAGGCCCGGUUUGAAGAAGAAGACACUGCCGUUAGCCCAGAGUCCAGAGGAAAUGUACAGACUCACCUGCAGGUUCUGUGACCUCGUCUUCCAGGGUCCGCUGUCUGUCCAGGAGGACUGGAUCAAACAUUUACAGAGACACAUUAUGAACACCGGGGUCCCCAACAGCGGGCUCGGCAUGGCCGAAGUCACCUCGUUGUCCGAGAACGCUCCGAUCCUCAAGACGGAUCAAGACAGCUCCUUGUCGACCGCACACGCCGCCUCCUGAGGCCACAGGGGACCCUUUUCUAGAUUUCACUAGAUUGUAUGUACGUGUACAUUGGAUGUUUGUUCACUUUUGUUUUUAAAGUUAAUGAAAUCACGGCCAAGAGGACAACGCAGCCCGAUGCGUCACGCAUCGCGCCCGUCGGAGCAUUUGGACGGCUGAGAAAACUUAUUUUGGAAUAUUGUUACCUUUUGUCUCUUUUUACAUGGUCCAUUUUGAAGGAAUUUAAUUCCUAAAUGGAUAAACUCUUUGUUAUUUUAUGCAGUAAUGUAGUGUUGGAUCCAUUUCUUAAGAAGACAACUUAUACCUCAGAUUUUUUCAUGGUUUUAGUCUGUUUUAGUCCAGACCUGGACGCAGCUCCACCGCUCUGGAUCAACACUAGAAACGUUUCCUUUCAGUCGCAAAAACCACCCAGUCAACCCGCUCCUAUUAGGCCAGAGUUAAAGCCACAAAUAACUUCUUUUUUUUUAACUCCUUGUGCAAAAAAAGAUAAUAAAAAAAUAUGAUCUGCUAUCUUUUUUUUUUUAUACCAUAAAGCAUUUUAUAAAAUGUCAGUAAAUGCAUUGUUUUAAACUACAGUCGGAUCUGAACGUAGGUAAGGAAAAAUAAAAGCGCACAACCCACGCUGAUCAUGCCCUUCUUUCAUGUUACCUAUAUUUAAUGUUUCAAUAUACUGUUUUGAAAUAAUUUAAUUUGAAAUGUACUAUAUCACACAGAAACAAUGCGUAAACAUUUGUGUUGUUCUAAAUAAAAAAAAAACUGAA